AUGCCACGGUCACGUACUGCUGGUAGGGCUACUAUAGUGCGACUUGGCGAUGACUCGUCGGACUCGGCUGAAGAGGACAACGAAGUCGACAGUGACCAUACGCCUCGUAAGCAGGGAGUCCCUAGGCAAGCUAGCAGUCCCGCCAGCGCUAAAUCCAAGGACGUUAUCGUUAUCCACGAUGACGACGAGGAUAGUGAUGAGGAUGAGGACGAGGACGAUGACCUGCCGCUGUUGCCUAGCUCCACUCAACGGCGACGCCCUGUUCUGCCAGUUGACGAUGAUGAGUCGAGUGAGGAAGAUGUAGUGCAAAGCCCGGCGAAGAAGCGGCGAAUAGCACGCCAACCUGUGGUUGAUUCUGACGGCUCGGAUGGCUCAGACAACGACGUGGUAGCGUCAUCUAGGCCCAGACGCAUUGCCGCGAGAAGAUCAACAUCUAGCGCGGCUGAAUCGUCGCCAACGCCUGCUGCGCCAGUCGACACGCCUGGUAGACGUCAGGCUCGCAAGGGCCACCGCACCGCGAAGCAGAAACAGAUGGAGCUUCUUCGACGUCGCAGAGCAGGCGAAGAUAUCGACAAGCUUACGUCGUCAUCAGAGGACGACGAGGAUCAGGGCGGCCUCUAUGAUACUGACUCUGACCUCGUUGCGCUUUCCGAAUUCGAGGAUGAUGAGGAGCCGGACCAGGAAUCAGAAGAGGAGCCGCCUGUUUCCCGCGGAAAGAAGUCUUCCAAGAUCUCGUUGAAGAAAUCCAACAAAGCUCUUCGAAGAGAUGAUAGGCAGAACUCCGUGGAUAACAGUAACGAAAGUGAUUUGGAUGAUUUUGUGGUGGAAGACGACGAGGGCCCGAUCGGCGUACCUGACCAUCUUCUCGAGAUACCUCUGCAGUUUACAGCUCAUGCACACAAGCCCCUAAAGGAACACUUCAAGGAUGUCAUAGAAUGGCUAGUGCACCGCCGAAUUAACCCAUCGUUUGACCGCGAGAAUCAAGUUUACCGCAUAGCGUGGGGUAAACUUAAUGAUGAAGUCAGCGGCCUUGCUCAGUCGAAGUUUGCGUCUUCUGCCUGGCGUCCGGAUUUUAUUCGAACUAUGCGAGCUCGACCGCGCAUCCUGCAGGCAGAGUUGCCACCUGGGCAUCUGAGUGAAUUACACGGCACAUGUGAUGCCUGCGGCCGAAGCAACCACCCAGCGAGUUGGGUGAUUAGCUUCGCGGGCAGCCCCUACGAUAAAGACACAUUGGACGAUCUCGAAAGCGACGACGAGGACGAGGAUGAUGAUGAGGAUGGCGAGGGGCACGUGGAUUACGAUGAGAACGGCAACAGGCUGCCGCCCGAGAGCAAGGAGUGGUUCGUCGGCGCGACGUGCAACAGCAAUGCCGAGACGGCACACAACCUCAUGCACUGGAAGUACGCGUUGAUGGACUACGUCGAGAGCCGCCUACGGGACGAGGGCUGGCUGGACGGCCAGAAGUUGGAGGAGCGGGAGCGGAUGAAGCCCAAGAAGAGGCGCAAGCUGGCGGAUGGCAUUGUGGAUGACUGGGAGCGUAGACUUCUCAUCAAGCACUUGUACGGCGACUUCAAGAGUACUUUGGAGCUCGCCCGUGCCAAGUCUACUGUCGUUCGACCUGGUCGCAGACGAUAA